GCUGCGCACUGACAGCUCAGUAAGCGGCUGAAGUCUUCUGCCGCGGCGGAAUGGAGCGUCUGAACUUCCACCGCGAUGAGCUCUGACAGAAUAUGUGGCUGUGUGUGAGUGUGUUUAGCUGUGUGUGUGUGCAUGUGCAUCAGGGGGGCAUACAUGUACCGGCAAAACAAUGGCUCUAAACCGGGUGUCUCAACUCUGCCACGAUGUCACCAGGCUGUGGCUGCAACUGAAGAUGAUGACAGAUGGCAUCCUGCAGAGGGAGGAUGGUCCUCUGUGUGCAGCAGAAAUCGGCUCUGAACUCCAGAAACAGUUUGCCAUCCUGCCAGGGGGCCGCGGGAUGGACGGCAACCCCAUCAUCGUCUUCCCAGAAUUCCCAGAUUUCCAUGAGCUGGAGGAGGACGAGGUCCGAAAUGUCCUCAGCUACCUCAGCAGCAUCCCCAGCGUUGCAGCAUCAGGAUUGGGUUUCAUCCUGGUCAUCGACAGACGACUGGACCGAUGGGCCGCCGUCAGGGCUACCCUGCUCCGCAUCGCUGGUUCAUUUCCAGGGAACUUACACUUGGUUCUGGUGUUGCGUCCCACUACUUUGCUCCAGAGGACUCUGUCAGACUUCCUGUUCAACAGGAAUGAGUUCAAAAUGAAGGUGGUGAUGCUGAGUUCGGUGACUGAGCUCCAUGCCUAUAUCGACCCAGGACAACUGACCACAGAGCUGGGAGGAACGCAGGAAUACCGCCAUGAAAGCUGGAUCUCACACCGCACUGCAAUCGAAGCGUUCGCCCUCAUGGUGAAGACCACGGCUCAGACCCUGCAGGCCUUUGGCACCGAGCUCGCAGAGACGGAGUUACCCAACGAUGCCGAGGCCACCACCAACCUGCUGCACACACACACUCAGAAAAAGGAUACAAUGAAGGAGGACCUGCAGGUGGCUUUGUCUCAAGGGGGACGCCUGUUGGAGUGUAUAAACGAGCCUCUACAGAUGGACCCUGAAUACAGCAUGGCCAACGAUGAACUUGAAAACUUAGCUACUGUAGAGAGACUCCUUGGUCAGCUGGACGAAACAGAGACAGCGUUUGACGAUUUCUGGGAGCGUCACCGCACCAAGCUGGAGCAGUGUCUCCAGCUCCGACAUUUUGAGCAGCACUUCCGUGAAGUGCGCGCCCAGCUUGAUGUGACAUCAGAGCGGCUGUCUGGUUUCUCUGAGGUCAGCAUAAGCCCCGCCCACGCCGAGCACGUCCUCCGAGAGCUCAGCGGCCAGGAGGACAAAGCCUGUGACUCACUGGACCGCGCCCUGUUGCUGGCCUGUGAAGGUGACAUGCUGAUAGAAAAUUCCCACUACGCAGAGGACUCCAUCAGGCCCAAGUGCAUUGAGCUGAGGGCAGUGUGCGAGGAGAUCAGCUCCACUCUGAGGACCAAGAAGAGCCUCCUGCUGAGGGCGAUGGAGCUCCACCACGCUCUGGAGAAGGCUUCACGGUGGUGUGAGGAGGGCAUCUUCCUGUUGGCCAGCCAGCCAGUGGACCGCUGUCAGUCUCAGGAUGGAGCUGAAGCAGCUCUGCAAGAACUCGAGCGAUACCUGGACACGGCGCUGCUACACUCCAUCGCCGACCGCAGUGCCAUCUGCUGCCAGUAUGAGGCGGUGCUCACAACUGAGCUCAGGGACCAGGUAGAGAGAGUUUUCCAGAAGCAAACCUCCGUUCAGGAGAUGUUUGAGAAGAGACGAGUCAGCCUGAAGAAACUCGCCGCCAAACAGACCAGACCAGUCCAGCCAGUAGCACCAAGACCCGAAGUGAAGUCUCCGCUCUCAUCUCCCAAUCAACAGAGAAAAGAGAGAAGAUACUCUGCAGAUAAUCCCAUCUGCAAAAAGGUGGAGUCUCCCUUACAUAACGGUGGCAUCAGACAUGCUUCUCUCUCAGAAGAGGAAGAAAACCUGGCAGUGCUUCGGCGCCACGUGAUGAAUGAACUGCUGGAGACGGAGAGAGCAUAUGUGGAGGAGCUACUGUGUGUGCUGGAGGGCUAUGCAGCGGAGAUGGACAACCCAGCCAUGGCUCACCUCAUCCCUAGCACCCUGCUGAGCAAGAAGGUCGUCCUGUUUGGCAACAUGUCUGAAAUCUACCAGUUUCACAAGAGGACGUUUCUAAAAGAACUGGAAGCGUACACCGACUGCCCAGAACUAGUAGGCCGCUGCUUUUUAGAGAGGAUGAAGGACCUGCAGAUCUACGAGGCGUACUGCCAGAAUAAACCACGCUCUGAGAGCUUGUGGAGACAGUGCUCCGACUGUGCCUUCUUCCAGGAGUGCCAGAAGAAGCUGGAACAUAAACUUGGUUUGGACUCCUACCUCCUUAAACCCGUCCAGAGAAUCACCAAGUACCAGCUACUGCUGAAGGAGUUGUUGAAGUACAGCAAGGGCUGCGACGGCUGUGAUGACCUACAGGAAGCUCUCUCCUCCAUCCUGGGGAUCUUGAAGGCUGUUAACGACUCCAUGCACCUCAUCGCAAUCACGGGAUACGAGGGUAACCUCUCGGAUCUGGGUCGCUUGCUGAUGCAGGGCUCCUUCAGCGUGUGGACGGAGCAUAAAAAAGGUCACGCCAAGGUCAAAGACCUGGCCCGGUUCAAGCCCAUGCAGAGGCACCUGUUCCUGCACCAGAAGGCGCUGCUCUUCUGCAAGAGGAGGGAGGAGAACGGGGAGGGCUACGAGAAAGCUCCGUCUUACAGCUUCAAGCACUCCCUCAGUAUGAGUGCGGUGGGCAUUACAGAGAGCGCUAAAGGAGACAACAAGAAGUUUGAGAUUUGGUGCAACUCCAGAGACGAAGUCUUUAUAGUCCAGGCUCCAACACCAGAGAUUAAAACAUCAUGGCUGAACGAGAUCCGCAAAGUUCUGACCCAACAGCUCAAAGCCUGCAGAGUUCAUGUUUCAGAUGCCAGUCAGCAGAAGAGCUCAGACUCCGUUUUCCCGAGUCCCACCAGCAACAGCACCUCCAUCUCCCUCAGUCCAUUUCGUAGUAGCAGUCAGAAAAAUCAGAAGAAGCAAGAGGAGAAGAAGGCGGAGACGAGCUCGGUGUCUGACUCCUCUUCUUCACCGAAACAAAAAGAGCCGGCUCCCCAUGUCACUCUGAGCAGAGUCAGAUGGAUGAGUACCUCUAGUCUGUUACAGAGCAAGCGGCGAGGCUGGAACAAGGCGUCUCUCUCAGUGGAUGCCUCAGAAGAGAAUGAUGGGUACUCCAGCAGCGAGGACCCCAUGAACUCUGACCCCGAGGACGAAGUAGAAAGGAAGCUGGCUCCGGGAAAGUAUACGGUGGUAGCGGACUGCGAGAAGGCGGGACCUCAGGAGCUGUCUGUCAAGAGCGGGGACAUGGUCCAGCUAAUCAGAGAAGGAGAGGAGGGACAGUGGUUUGUGAAGAACCUCCGCAGCAGUAAGGAGGGCUGGGUGGCAGCAGCAAACCUCCUCAGCCUCAUCUCAGAGUCCAAGUCCUCCCAGUCGCUCAGCAGCUCAGACGGCAGCGUCUCGGGGAACAUCAGCACUUCUUCCAGCUGCAGCGAGACCUACACCAGCUUCUCAGACAUCAAACCCUGACCUGCGAUCACCGUCCCAACUCCACGCUUCGACCUAGAACAAUCUCCAUGUGGAAUUACACAAAAAACUUAAAGCUGACAGUGAGGACGGAUCGAGGUGUUUCAUCACACAGAACAUCCAUGUCACAGUCCAACAAAAACAAUCCAAACUAUCAUUGUAUCUGCGAAUGCUACCAGUGUUUUAGCUGACGGCCGACUACACCCACCUUUUUCUGAUUAUUUAUAACCUGCCUGUCUAAUUUCCACCCAGCAGUAUUACACUCUCACUUGAGAUUCUUUCUUUCCUUCAAAGUGAUCAACAUGUUGGCCUUCUUUAAACAUCACAGUAUCUGUGAUGCACAGAGGGAAGCUAAAUGUCCUCCGCCUAAUAUUUAAACCUUCUUAUAAUGUAGCAUUAAAGUGGACACAUUUGAAGACAAUCUGCACUCAAACUGAACCCCUUUCAAGUCGACGACAUCACGGCACAGCGACAGAUUCUUGUGAGAGACGUCCAAAGGUACAGAUACGAUCAGACUGGUAUUUCACAUGAUGCUUUAGUGUCGGACAUUAAUCGUACACUGUGAAAACUGGCAGCUGGCUGCAACAAGAAACAAACAAAAAAUGCUUCGGGUGCAUCUUGGAGCAUCUCCGAGCAGGUCAAACCUUCAGGGCGUGUCGCUGUAAGUCGUGUCACCUUUAUUGUACGGGGGGGGGGGGGACACUCGCAGGGGGUUUAAGUGUGUUAGAUCCCUGUAGUGUCUGCUGGGCCAGUGGUGUUAACUUCUAUCAGAAACACAGUCAAAAGCAUCACUACCCACAGCACUACCUGGUGGUCAGAUGUCAUGCACUUCUCCAGCUUCACAUACAAAUCACUUUCACAGCAAGAGGCAGCUUGGAACAACAUUUGAACCUCCUUUUUAUUUAUUUUUUGCUCAAAGAGUGAUUGUCUAACUCGCCUCUGAACUGCUCUGGAUUUACCUCUCAGGAAGCCUGAGAAGUUGCGUGGGCAGGCAGGUGUGACUGCAUACCUGCUUGUGUCUGCUAAAUGUCUUUGUGUGUGUGCGUUCUUGCACACUGUGCGUGUUGCUUCAGAACCAAUCCAAUUCCUGUAUGUCACUCCCAGAGGUUAGAGGGUCAUUCGAAUGCGUUUAGGCUGCAUAAUUAAUGGCUAAUGAGUUCAUUAAUAUCCCUCACUUUGACAGAAACAGAUACAAACUCAUUACUCUGCACAUGAAUCCAGUUUUUGUGUCAUGACCAUUGCGUUCACCUAUCUUUGGUUUGCACUGCAGCAACAAAAGCAGGCUUUGUCCCCUCCCUCUGCUCCCAGCCCCGCUCAGGCAUGUGACAGUAGCCACUUCUCUACAGGCAGCGCUAACCGGAGCACAGACCUUUCUCAACAUGUAUUUUUACCACCCGCCCCACAGCAAUAUUUGCUUGCUCAACCAUGAUGUGGCCGAGUAAUCGAAUAACAAGGUGCAAAUAAGAAGUAAUGACGGAUGUCUGACGGGGGUGGUGGGUAAACUAAGUUGGCUCGGGUGGAAACGAGGGUGUUGAUAACAAGUCUCUGACAACCAGCUGCUCACAAGGAAGCUGUGCUUUUCUGAACACUGAAUGACACCUUUAUCAUAUUUGUUUUUCAAGGGCGAGCUUGUUUUUUUUUUAUACCCCAAGGUUUCUACUGUAUCCACAAGGCGCUCUGUAAAACAAUAUCUUGUUUUUUUCCUCAUCUUUAAUGGUGAAGGUGUGUGACUCGGUUGUUGAAACAGAAAAACACUCAAACCGCCACCACCCCUGGGUUGUAUUUGUCCACCCCUGUUUAUCACCACUGCGGUUUUCUUACAUACGGCCCUGACUAUAAGCGCUCGUGAUUGUCUCUAGAGCUCUUUUUCGCCGAGAACUCCCUUUUUAUACUCGAAUCACAACACGCAUGUCCUCCCUGUGAAAGGAAAGAUUCUUCUCCAGAAAAAAAAUGGAAGCUUACAGGCCUCUCUGUGUCAAACUGUGAGCUAAACCAGAGAGUAAACUGUGGCUGGCAUUAUGUGUCGACCCGUGUAAGACUGAGAAAUGUAUGUUACACUUGUACAGAUGUGUCCUCUAUACCUCACAUUGUUUUCCUCGAGAGCAUGUACAUUGUGAAGAGGAUCAUGGUUUAUGUGAGUGUCCUUGUCUCUCUGUAGCAUCUCUCUCUUUGUGGCAUGUUCCUCAUGAACCUCUCUCGUCAAAGCCCCGAACAAGGCAAGUAUUUUUUACCAGGCCUCGUUGUAUGUUGUGAGAGUUUAUUUUCUGCCCUCCUAGGAGCUGACACGGGCACUAAACUUCGUCAGCGUUCUAUCAUGCUCACACAAUAAAGCUUACUGAAUGAUUUGUAUGUUUUGACUCGGAGGCUGGAGAGAUGAGAAGGGUUAUAUUUUAUAGUUUCUUUUUAUGCAGCACAUUGCAGCAACCACUGUCUUUAUUUUCCUAUUGUAUCUACUGAGUAUGGUGUUGAUAUAAAUAUAUUAUAAUGAGACAUAUUUGUGUAUAUUUGUAAAUAUGUAAUUCUGAAUUGUAUGUAAAAUGAAAAGCAGCUUUAAUAAAGUCUGAGACGGU